AUGUCGUCAACUGUGAUCAACAACGUCCUUGCCAGCUAUGUGUGCGAGCCGGUGCAACGUGAAGUUGGAGAUUCUCUCCGGAGGCGCCAAAGUGACAUCCGCCGUGAUUACCAUGAGGCUGUCAUGCUCCCGGAGUCGAACAUCGUGGAUUUGAGUUGUCAGAUGCUUGGAGAUGAAGAGAAACGCCGCGGUCUGGCUCACGACACUUCAGCUCUGCCAGGAGGUAUAAACUCGGCAGUUUCUGUCGCCACAUGCUCGAUCCCUUGGCGAGACUUAGCAGGCAUGCCUUUGCCACCGAAGACAGUGCUCGAUAAGUUCAUGACUGAUUUCUUCACGUCUGUGGAUUGGUUCAUAAUGGUCUUUUACGAGGAAAGCUUCCGGCAACGGUACGAAAAUUUGAUGGCCUCCACUCUUAUCCCAGAGGGAGAAAACGGUAAUUUUCUUUGGCUUGUACUGUUGGUCCUUGGCCUGGGUGCCCACUAUGGGUCGUUGAAUGCUCUGGAUGCGGAUGCCGAUAGCCUCAAACAGCUUUCUGGGGGUCUCCUUAUGCAGAUCGAGCAAAGGCUUUUGGCCAUCACUGAUUCGCCAAAGCUAGAGACAGUACAGAUAUGUGUGUUGCUAGGGAGCUUUUAUCUUUUCAACGGCCGCCCCACUGCUGGCCUAGUAACCUUGGCAGGUGGACUCGAAAUCGCCCAAGUCAUUGGGCUUCAUCACGAGUCAAAGUGGCGUGGGCUUUCUGACGUGUCACGGGAGUCUCGACGGCGCUCGUGGUGGGCAUUGCAAGUUGCAGAUAAGCAUGUAUCUUGA